CCUACAUCAGACCUCAACAUGGCAUUGCAUGAGUGUAUGGCAGCUCUGGAUUUAUUUCUUAACAACAAGUUCUCAGAUGCUUUGGCCUCUUUACAAGCAAAAACUAAAGAUAGUAUGUAUCAUGCGCUGACUUAUGCCACCAUAUUGGAAAUGCAAGCUAUGAUGACAUUUGAUCCUCAGGACAUACUGAACGCAGGAAACACAAUGAAGGAAGCUCAAGCCACCUGUCAAAAAUUUAGGAAGAAAUCUACAGUAGCUGAUUCUAUCAACAACCUUGUGCAUAGACAAAGCCUUGAACACUUUACUGAAGAGGAAAUCCAUGCAGAAAUUUGCUAUGCUGAAUGUUUACUUCAGAGAGCAGCACUCACAUUCCUCCAGGAUGAGAAUAUGGUUAGCUUCAUAAAAGGAGGCAUCAAAGUCCGAAACAGUUACCAAACUUACAGGGAGCUGGACAGUCUUAUACAGUCUCCGCAUUAUGUCAAAGGAGAGAACCAUCUUCAUUUUGAGGGAGGUGUAAAACUUGGAGUUGGAGCAUUUAAUCUGACAUUGUCCAUGUUUCCUGCACGGAUUCUGAGAUUACUGGAGUUUGUUGGAUUUUCUGGAAACAAGGAGCGUGGUCUGCUGCAGCUUCAAGAAGGAGCAUCAUCAUACAGCUUUAGGUCGGUGCUGUGUACCAUGCUGUUGCUUUGCUAUCAUACUUUCAUGACCUUUGUGUUAGGGACAGGAAAAGGAAAUGUUGAGGAGGCAGAAAGACUACUUAAGCCUUACUUGGCUCGCUAUCCAAAGGGAGCCAUAUUCCUGUUUUUUGCAGGCAGGAUAGAAACACUAAAGGGUAAUAUCGAUGCGGCAGUUAAUAGGUAUGAAGAAUGUUGCGAGGCUCAGCAAUAUUGGAAGCAGUUCCAUCACAUGUGUUACUGGGAGCUCAUGUGGUGCUUCACCUACAAGCGCCAGUGGAAGAUGGCUUUCUUCUAUGCAGACCUGCUAAGCAAAGAAAACACUUGGUCAAAGGCUACUUAUAUUUACAUGAAAGCUGCUUAUCUCAGUAUGUUUGGACCAGAUGACUGCAGUCCUUUUGGAGACAGUGAAGUUGAAUUAUUUAGGAUUGUCCCCAGUUUGAAACUGAAAAUUGCAGGGAAAUCUCUGCCUACAGAAAAGUUUGCAAUUCGGAAGGCUCGACGAUACCUUUCUUCAAACCCUGUUCCUUUGCCUGUUCCACCUUUGGAAAUGAUGUAUAUCUGGAAUGGCUAUGCUGUAAUUGGAAAAUGUCCCAACCUAACAGAAGGCAUGUUAGAGACUUUAAUUGAAGCAGAAGAAGCAUUGGCAAGAAGUUCAGGUACAGAAUUACUAGCAGAUGACCAGUGCGUGGUAAAACUGUUAAAGGGUUUAUGCCUGAAGCAUUUGGGCAAGAUCUCAGAAGCAGAAGACCAUUUUAAUUACAUCUAUGUAAAUGAGAAGAAGAUAAAAUAUGACCAUUAUCUAAUUCCAAAUGCCUUGCUGGAGCUGGCAAUACUGUAUCUAGACCAGGACAGAAGAGAAGAGGCAAUAAAACUACUGGAAAGAGCAAAACAAAACUACAAGAAUUACUCCAUGGAAACAAGAACACAUUUCAGAAUUCAAGCUGCCCUGCACCAAGCCAAAUCCGCCCCAGAAAAUGGAAUGCACUCUGGAGCCUCAGCAGUGUCGUAA